GAGAAUCCAGGUGCUACGUAUCAAAACACAAUAUGGUGUAACAUUUGUGUAUAUACUUAGUGUACUUACUUAGCGGGUUAAAGAUCAGUACAAUGGGCGUCGAACGGUAUGUUUACGUACCGCAUAACCUGCACUCAGCAUAAAACUACUUGAUGGAAUUCCCGAACCCAUUUUAGAACGGCAGUUAAAACCACCUUCCAGAAUCUAAAUAUAGCCUACGCCUGUAGUGCAGCAUGUGGUGUGCUCACACACCAAAAUGUCGAUGACGCGACGGUUGCAGCCAGAUGGUCCGUGUCACACGCAAAGGCAUCCAUUUCCUAUCGGUUUCGGAGCUGCUCGCUCGGCAGUCCCCAAGCUCCUCCUCCCUCUUUAUGCUGGCGCGCAUGGCUCGCGAGUGGAGCGUGUUCAUGCGGCAGCCCGUGCUGCCCCGCCACAGCAAGCACCACCCGCACUCGUGGCUGCGCCACGUGACGCUGCUGCGCGCGCUGCUGGUGGGCGCGACGCUCUUCGUCUGCUGGGGCUACACGCAGCUCCUGGUGCGCUAUGGCAGCAUCUCGCCCGCCGCCACGGCGCUCUUCACGACGGCGUACGACGGCCGCCUGGCCGACGACUUGCCGCCUAUGUCGCCGCCCUGGCGCCCGCCCUUCCGCGUCGUGGUGUCGCUCACCACGACGCCCAGCCGCCUCGACAAGGUCAUGGACAGCGUGCGCUCGCUCACGCGGCAGUCGCUGCAGCCCGACCAGAUCUAUGUCAACAUCCCCGAGGGCCCCAUGAAGCGGCACCCGGAGCGCUCGUACGACGAGACGGAGAUCCCGUCCGAGCUCGUGGGACUCGCGCCGCUGGUCAAGGUCAACCGCUGCAUGGACGACGGCCCGGCCACCAAGCUGCUGGGUGCCUUGAGGCUGGAGGACGACCCGACCACGCUCAUCAUCACGCUGGACGACGACUUCGAGUACCCUGCGGAGCUGGUGGCGUCGCUGGCCUGGGAGGCUGUGGCCAAGCCAGACGAUGCUCUGGGCGUCUGCGGAUGGGGCAUGCUGCCCAUGUGGCACGAAGUGGGCGUGGUGCCCGCCUACGUGCCGUACUUCAUGCGUCCUCGCGGCCGCUACGUGGAUAUCUUACAGGCGUGCUGCGGCAAUGCCUACCGACGCGGAUUCUUCUCGGACGUGGAGGCUCUGGCUGACAUCCCGUCGGUCUGUGUGACAGUUGACGAUGUGUGGAUUGCUGGAUACUUGCGGACGGUGGAGCAGCGCCAUAGCGCUUUGAUCAGCAAGAGGCUGGAUCCGUCCGACCCGGAGUGGAAGAAGGAGGAGGCGCGCUCCUCCGAGCGCCAGAUGACGCUGUCGAGCUUUAACCACGAGCACCAGGUUCAUUAUAAGUGCGUGCAGGCUCUCGAGGAGAAGUUCCAGCGGCGGUGGACGCGUAACUUUGAAGAGUAGGCAGGCACGUACGCACAGGUAGUAUAGCUUGAUAGAUGUUCAGGCGGGAACGAAGAGUUUGUCGGCUUCGUUGCUGUCUGUAAGCCAUAGACAACACCAUUUAAACACUGGGAUAGGUAUGUACGCAUGUGUAUUACUCGUUCUUGUCGAUAGUGCUGCGUGGCGUCAAGGAUGCUCACCGCCCUCGCCUCUCCUCAUUCCAACGGAGGAGGAAUCCCCACCACGGAUCAAUCACCUGCCGUCUAAUUCAAUUUGCGGGCAAUCGGAAAGGGAAGCGCAAGUCAAGCUGGAGUGAAAUCAACGCCUUUUACACCGGGGCUUCAGUCUCCUAACAGCGCAAGACGCAUCUACUCGUUGCCAUUGUGGAUGGCACCAGCCUCGUCCACGGACGAAAUUUGACUGCAAACAGCACACAAACGCAAGGUUAGUAUCAGCAAAAAGCCACCGCAAAACGAUACAGAGGCAGGAAUACGUACAUCCACUUCUUGUCGAGCGUCUCCUUCCACAGCGUGACCUUGUGGUCACCGGAUGACACGGCCAGUACGUUGCCCGUAACAGACCAGCUCACACGCCACACGGGGGCGUCGAACGUGUGCAGCAGCUCGCGCUUCCAGGUAGUGUCCUCCGCAGUCUGCGACCAGAUGUACACGUGCUUGUCCUCCGAGCAACUGGCAAUGAGGUUCACGGGCAGACCCGUGCUCGGGGCCCAAGCCACAUCACGAACCCAGUCGCUGUGCGCAGGAACGGAGCUCAAUUCCUGCUUCGUCCACUCGGUCUCGCCCUCCGCGAGGCUCCAGAUCUUGAUCGUCUUGUCGCAUGAGGCCGUCACCACACGGCGGAUCGGGCCCGCGGGACCCUGCGAGCCCACCGAAUUGAACGGCGCCCAGCUCACAGCGUUGCAGCCCAGCGCGCUGUCCUUGAAGUGGCUCACACUCCAGCCCUCCGCUGCAAUAACCACGACAUUGCACCAUUUCUCAGUAAAUCACCGCACUAGAAAAGAAAGGAUACUCGAGUCAACUGCAGCUGAACACGUACGCGAGUAGCUAAGCACGGAGACGGUGCCGUCAGCCGAGGCGCAGGCGAGCGCGAGUCCGUACUCGUGCGGCGCCCAGGCGAUGCUGUUGACCGAGGACUCGUGGAAGGCGUGCACGUAGGCCUGCGUCCACUGGUUCAGGCUCUGCUCGCGGUAGAUGAUCACCUUGCCGUCGUACGAGCAGGCCGCCAGCAGCACGCCGAACUUGGGGUGCGCCCACGCCACCUGCCACACGGGGCCCUCGUGUCUAAUUUACCCGGCAACACAGUAUCAAGAACAAUUACUUAGUCGCCGCGCAAUAAAUAAUUGUCAAUAGAUCCAAGAGCUACUGAGCUACGCACGUACCCCGUCAAGAUCUGCUCGUUGUUCUGCACGUCGCCCGUGACGUCGUACACCUUGAUGGUGCGGUCCGAGGAGCACGUGGCCAGACGCUUGCCGUAGUAGUCCAGCUGCGCAUCGUGCUGUUAAACCGAUGAGAGGUGGGAAUUAGUCCAAUUGGCAGUAGUUUAUGGGCGUUAGAGGCGCCGCAAGAGCGUGCGGAAAGAGGGAGGACAGAGUGCACACGACAUACGAUCAUGUCCUCGUGCUGCGUGUCGAUGGAGAGGAUGGGGGCGCUCAUGGUGGCCGAGCUGGGGUCGAGUCGGGGCUGGCGCUCUGUGCUUCGGUGGCAGCUCGAGCCUUUUGUGAACUUGGGGAGCGAGAUCCAGCUCGAAAUUUUACCUUAUGUACACCACAUAGUGAUUCAUCCGGCCAAUCAAAACGAGACAAAUCAAAGUUUAACGUUUAACUUUUGAAUAUGGAAGUCUUGCAUGAAUUAUAGUGUCGCUAGGACGCAGCUUUUAGAUCGCGGAGCUCACCACCAGCCUCUGUAGCGACGGAAUGGAGGGGAGAAGCAUAGUACAAUGUCGAUAGACACCUGAAGUGGUCGUGGCGGUGCGAUACUGCGACGAAAAGCUCUGCUCACCAGCCGGGGUUCUCGUCCUCGUCGGGCACGACCAUGACGAGACUCUGCCAGCCGAACUCCUUCCAGUUGAGCUGGAAGAGCAGGACCCACGAAAUGAACAGCACCGUCCAGAAGCAGAAACCCAUGAACGAUCGGCGCACCCCUAAAGGUAACAACAACAAAUGUCACAAUAACAGUGAGAUCUCAAUGCGAGCACGAGCACGACUGUAUCAGGAGACUAGGCUCCGGUGGGCCUGUGCUGCUAUGAAGUUACUGCACAUAUAGGCGUACACAUGGUGACGGUGGCGUCGAUGGACGGGUCCAUGAACUGCUUGCGGUAGAAGAUGACGUUGACGAGGUGCAGCCACGGCAGAAACGCCAGCCCCCCGAUGAACAUCUUCUUGGCGAUGCUCUCGUCCGCCUCCUUGUUCAGGUUGCGCGUGAAGUUGCCGCGGUUGUUGGUGUCGCCACUGGGCGGCUCGGCCCGAGGCGCCUCCUCCAGCACGGGCGUGUCCGUCACCGACUCGUUUUGAUCGUGCCUC